CCCACAAACAACCAUCACGACUUCCACCAACAUGCUUAACAGCCCGGGCCUCCCGGGAUUCCAGCGCUUCCAGCUGAACAAUAGUUCACCUGUCUUGGUGGCCGGGAGCGCCAGCAAUGCCGCGGUGCUACCUACCCAGGUUUCCACCGCCUGCGCCAACCCGAAUGCCGGUAGCGAAGAAGGCGACGAGGAACUGCGACGUCUGCGAUCCAACUACGUAGUUCUAGUUGAGCGUAUGCUGCGAAACCACCAGCCUCAUGACGUGCUGAACCAUGUCCCUGAAAAUACGGACUGGCGCUCCAAGACUUUCAAACUCGCGCUCAAGAUCGAGCGUCUCAUGUUCAAGGCUGCCAAAUCUCGCGCCGACUACAUGAAUGAGCACACGCUCAGCCGCCGCGUCAAGAUUCUGUGUCGUCACCUGGUCCGCAUUCGUAUGCGCAAGAAUACGAUGGCGGAGGGUGUCACCAAGCGCUGUUAG